UGAAAACGGCGUAGUUUUUGGCAGUCGAUUAAUGGGAAGGGAAAACAUGACACGGGUGAGGAAGGAAGGUGCGUGUGAGUGAAACUCUCUCUCUCUCUCUCUCUCUCUGGUUUUUCUCUUCGAUUCCGUUUCUGUAGCUGAUUUGUCUUUCAGCCAGAGAUUAUUGAUUUUUUAAACCUCAAGACUUCUUGAGACCAAUUUACCGCAUCUGUUGCAAAAUCCUCUGGAUGCAAGAUGGACGAUGACCGCCAAUAUGAAAACGGUAGGCAUAAGAUGGACUACUACAGAGGAGCACAUUCCCUGUGGAAUGUGGAUCCCCAGCAUCAAAUAAAGGAACAAAAUGCCCUAGUUAUGAAUAAAAAAAUUAGGUCCAUUAUGGCUGAAAGGCAGGCAGCUCUUCUUGAACUUGAACUAGAGGCUGCUAUAUCUGAAAAGAAUGAAGCCCUGGCUGCUCGAGACGUAGCCCUUCGGCAGAGGGAUGAAGCACUUGCUCAGAGGGAUAAUGCUCUACUGGAACGGGACAACGCUCUUGCAGCCCUUCAAAGUCGGAAUAGUACUGCCAACUUUCCAUUCAAUGGUGGAAUUCAACGUGGAUCCAAGCGGAUGCACCAUUCUUCAAACCAUAUAUCCAACAUGACAGAAGCAGCAUAUAGCACGACGGAUAUAAUUAUAAGAGAUGCCUCCCCAGUUACUGUUAUAACUUCUGAAGAUGUCAAAUCUCAUUUAACUAAGAGAACAAAGGAGAACAAAGCAUCACAGACACCUACCAAAAUAAAGAAAAUGGGUGAGGAUUUAAAUAGGAAGGCUUAUUCUGAAGGGACAAAGAUCAAAUCUGAAUGGGAUAGGCAGGAUGUUGGCUUGAAUUCGAUUGCUUUCGAUGAAACUGUGAUGCCUGUCCCAGUUUGCACGUGUACUGGAGUACCACGACAGUGCUACAAAUGGGGGAAUGGUGGAUGGCAAUCAUCUUGUUGUACCACUACAUUGUCAAUGCAUCCACUACCACAGCUUCCGAACAAGCGCCAUGCUCGCAUUGGAGGGCGGAAAAUGAGCGGCAAUGUUUUUAGACGACUUCUCAGUAGGUUUGCAUCAGAAGGCCAUGAUUUAUCUAUACCAUUGGAUCUUAAGGAUUACUGGGCCAGACAUGGAACGAAUCGUUACAUUACUAUCAAGUAGAUUCCUGACAUACAUUUGUUUCGAGUUACGUGUUCCUUUUUAGACCGCCUAUCACCAGCUGUAAUCAAAACCAUGCCUUGGUCAGCACGAUAUGCUUGAAUUUAGCGCAUGCAGGUGAUUUUUCAGUAGAAGGCUGUCCCCAGUUUUUUAUUUCUAGUUACUGGUAUGACUAGAUUCCAUUUUUAUCCUUUUAAAUGCGAUGGCUGUAAAGUAUGUGUAUUUAUGCACAUGUGAUUUUCUAGGUGGUUUUUAUUUGGUUCCUGCAUGUUCUUUUCUUUUUCUGUACAUUACUAAUCCGUUGCAUAGAAAACUUUUCUCCCCCUCUGA